AUGACAAGGGAACCUGCAAUUGUACUACACACAACAACCCUAAGUUCUUCAUGGCUAGACCCCAUCACAAACUACCUAGAACACGGCCAAGUCCCUGCUGACGAAAAGGAAGCGGUGAAAUUAAGGAGGGAAGCGGCCAAAUACGCCGUCAUCCAAGGACAGCUAUUCAGAAAGGGGCUCAGCCAACCCCUACUGAAGUGCCUGCACCCCGACCAAACGGACUACGUCCUCAGGGAAGUCCACGAGGGCUGCUGUGGGCACCACAUCGGAGGAAAAGCCCUAGCAAGAAAGUUGAUCCGAGCUGGGUACUACUGGCCGUCGAUGAUGGCAGAUUCCAAAGAGUUUGUCAAAAAGUGCAUAAAGUGCCAACAGAACGCCAACUUUGCCAAGGCACCGGCAAACGAGUUGAGCUUGCUGACGACCUCCCGGCCGUUCGCACAGUGGGGAAUCGACCUCUUGGGGCCCUUUCCCGUCGGCCCUGGGCAGGUGAUAACACGGUUCAGGAUACCAGAAGUCGUCAUCUCGGACAACGGCACACAAUUUGCCGACAAAAAGUUCACAGAAUUUCUCAACGGCCUAGGUAUAAGGCAAAAGUUCUCUUCGGUAGAACACCCUCGGACGAACGGACAAGUGGAGUCCGCCAACAAGGUUAUCCUUUCAGGGCUAAAGAAGAGGUUGGACAACAAAAAGGGUGCUUGGGCCGACGAGCUGGCAUCAGUUCUCUGGUCUUACCGAACGACCGAGCAGUCCUCCACCAAGGAAACCCCUUUCCGAUUAACGUACGGGGUGGACGCGGUAAUACCCGUAGAAAUCGGAGAACCGAGCCCACGACUUCUUUUGAAAGGGGUGGAGGAAGCCGUAGAAAAGGACCUGAUAGAAGAAGCCCGAGAAAUGGCCCACUUGACAGAAACGGCGCUAAAACAAAGAUUUGCGCUCCGCUACAACACCAAAGUGCUCAAAAGGGAAUUCGAGCCAAACGACCUCGUCCUGAGGCGAAAUGAUAUCGGCCUGCCGACCCCCGGAGAAGGCAAGCUGGCGGCUAACUGGGAAGGCCCAUAUAGAGUCAAGAAAGUGAUGGGAAAAGGAGCAUUCAAACUAGAAAGGCUCGACGGCAAGGAAGUCCCGAGAACUUGGAAUGCGGACAACCUUAGAAGAUUCUACUCCUAG